UGCAUCGCAAAAUCCCUGAUCAAGAACAUGAAGCUCCUUCCCCUCUUCACAGCUGCAUCCUGCUUCACGCCCCCAGGUCCCUGUUUCUUUGUACUACAAGUGAUGAAGUUUUUUUUCCAGAUCACAUGAGCCAGGAUGAACGGGGAAAAUCCUGCCAGGAACAGAGAUGGGCUGCAACUUGAACCUGAUCAAGGGGAGAUACAGAGCAGUACCCUGAGGGCUAUAUAAGAAUGAGCUCAGCACAAGAGCAAACACUUUUUCAGGUGAAGGACUCUCAUGAAUCAGCCAUGCAUGUGAAUGAAGGCACCGUUUCAAGGAGGCUUGGAGCCACUAGCAAAACAUGUUUGUAUUUCAUCAUCGCUACCCUUGGUGUGUUACUCAUCUUUGCGUUAGCCACCAUCAUGGUCUUAGUCGUUCAGAGGAUGGCAGCUGAUCCUGCCACAGAGGGCAUCGCGAAACCUAUCAGGACAGGGAACACCUCCGAAGACUAUUUAAGCAUCCUACAGAAUGUCCCGACCAGGGGAGCUGCUGCGUACAUGAGAGUGUCCAAUCCAGUAAACAGUUCAAAACUGAGCUUGGUGGAGAAGGGUAUUUGUGAACACAUCCAAUGCAAGAGCGAAGAGCUGGUGAUACAGAAACAAGGUCUCUACUUGAUCUAUUGCCACUUGAAUUUUCAUUUUCCUAACUGUUCAAACGGCCCCACUGACCUCAAGAUAGAGCUCCUUGUGAAUGACAAAGUCAACAGGCAGACGUUAUCCACAUGGUGUGCAUCAGGAACAAGCCAAGAAAAGACUUUUAAGACCUUAUUCCAGCUCCAUUUGACAAACCUGAAUGUGAAGGACCGAAUAUCAAUAACACUUAAUCAUCCUAAAUUCUUGAAUGAAAUUUCUCUUCCCAAUGAUAACGUUCUGGGGGUCUUGUGUUACAGUGAUGAAAUGUGAGCAGCUCUCUGACUUCCCACUGCUGUCCACACUUAACUUUCUCUGAACAACAGUCGCCUGCUUUUACUGGGCAACACUUUGUUUUUAAUUUUCUAUCUUACCUCACUGCUAGGGUCAACAAGGAACUUUGUGUGUGUCCCAGAAUGAAACCUAAAACACUGCAAGACUCACAUCUGAUAGAUUGCUCUGGUUCGGCUCAGGGUAGGAUUGUUGUUGGACUUCCCAGCAUAUAACCCACAGAUCUGCCAAUGGUUCCUCAAAACAAUACUAUGUGAAUACAGAUUAAAAUGUAACUAGAUUAUGAGAAGAAUGCACAAUAGCAAGGCUAACAGACCGCUGGCAAAGUGCCUGUGCUCAGGAGAUGGGGAAAUCUUUUAAACUGAAUUUUAUGGAGUAGUAUUUUAAUGUGGUCUUUCCAAAAAAACUAACAGUCAAAGCUUGUAAAUACAACUUUCUUUACAACCGGAGCAUGCAACCACAACUCUGGAGUAGGUUUAUGGAUAGACUGUGCGAAAGCAAAGAUGAUGAAAUUACCAGCUCUCAGGCUGUUAGCUGAAACUCUGGGACAGGGCAUAGCAGAUUUGGGACUUACAGGAUAUUUCUGUGCUGCAUUCUGCUAUGGACUUUAUGCAAUUUACUUCGAAGUGUCUGCCUUUUCACUACUUAUCCAUCUUUUCUAUUUAAAUAUUAACCUCUUUGGGGCAGAGACUUUGUAUAUGCACAAUGCUCAUCCUCUGUUCUCACUUGGGUUUUCUGGACUUUUCGUAACAAAUAUUAAAAUAGUAAUCUAGUUGCUAAUCUAGACACGUAACAAAGCUCAUUAUGAUACAUUUUCCUCCAAUCCUGCCCUGCCUGUUUGACAGUACCCCACGUGACGCUAGACCACACUGGUGUGUAAAUACACUGCCAACACCUCCAGUUUCAGAAAAUCCAAGAUUUAGAUCUGAGAUCCAGACUUUCCCAAAGACAGUUUCAGACCUGGCCCUCAGCUGAGCACUGUGGUCUUCGGGCAGUCCAGAGGAUAGAUGUUGCCUGAACUUCUUUGGCUUACCAGAAAGCUUAGGUAAUGAAGGAUAAAAGAUUAAUCUCAGGCCCUCUUAUUCUAUGUAUUGCAGUAACACAGGCAUUUACUUGAAACAUAAUUCUUACAGUGUAGGGAGGGAAGGGACCAAAAAGUUACAAGACCUGGUACCAGUUCCCUCUUUCCUCUUUUCCCUUCAUCCCUAAGAUCCUACUGAGGUCUAUUUUUAUUGGUAUUCAACUUUUCCCCCUUCCGUACCUGUAUCUUCUUUCCUUUUCAUGACUAGAGUUUGGUGAACUGUUCACAUCAAAACAUUUAGCCACAGGUUUAGUUUCUGUCUUCAGAAACUCAGUACGUGUAUUGUUUUCAAGCUCAGUUGAUGUUGUCAACUGAUGUAGCUUAGUUUGCUAGAGAUGCCUACCUCCUGUUCUGAAAAACACCGAUUAAAAAAAAAAAUCCUUUUGCUAUU